AGAAAGGAAAACGUGGAGGAAAGAACUGAUAAAGGUGGACAAAAUCAAAGUAAAAAGAAAUGGACUGGGAAGAGAAAAAGGAAAGGAUGGAGAUGGAUGAGAGAAAGGAGAGAUUAAAGUUCAGAGAAGGAAUGAAGAAAAUCCUCAAACGGCCAGAUGGAUUAAAUGAAGCAAAGGAAAGAUGAAAGGAAUCGAGAAGGAAGGACUGGAAAGAGAAAAUGAAGGAAGGAUGGACUAAACAAGGAUAAAUAAAAGAAGGGAGGAAAGGCGGAAGUAAACAAACGUGAAGUGAAGGGGGGAUGGAAGGAGAGGAAGGACGAACUAAUUCGUUUUCACGCCGUCGCUUCUGUCCCGUGCAGGCUCGCCGCCGUGCGCCCUCCUCCAUCACAGCAGCACAUUCUUCAACACGGUCAGCGGCAUCGGUACCGGCGCUCAAAGCUCACCGAACAACCGACACACCAGCAACCCAGCGGGGCUCCGCGGGCUCCGAGUCCGCCGACAGACACCCGAAAAGGGGCAGCUAGAGGGAGGGAGAAAAACGCACGCACCGAUCGAGGACCAUGGAGAGCGCCGGGAACGGCUCGGACGCGGACCACCGGAGCCAGCUGCCGUUGUUUUACAACAACACCAGCUUCUGCCGGAACUUCACCGACAACACGAGCUUCUCGGAGCCGCUGCCGCCGUGCGACGUGGAGCGCGGACUGACCGGCAGCCUGGACGUCGACGCCAACCCGGUGAUCAUCGCGAUCGUUAUCACGGCUCUGUACUCCAUUGUGUGCGUCGUGGGGCUGGUGGGCAACGUGCUGGUCAUGUACAUCAUCGUCAGAUACACCAAGAUGAAGACGGCCACCAACAUCUACAUCUUUAACCUGGCUCUGGCCGACGCCCUGGUCACCAGCACGCUGCCGUUCCAGAGCGUCAACUACCUGAUGGGGACGUGGCCGUUCGGCGACAUGCUCUGCAAGACGGUGAUGUCCAUCGACUACUACAACAUGUUCACCUCCAUCUUCACGCUCACCACCAUGAGCAUCGACCGCUACGUCGCAGUCUGCCACCCCGUCAAGGCGCUCGACUUCCGGACGCCUCGCAACGCCAAGAUUGUCAACGUCUGCAACUGGAUUCUGUCCUCGGCCAUCGGGCUGCCGGUCAUGUUCAUGGCCUCCACCACGGUCACUCCCUCCAGCAUCGUGGACUGUAAGCUGAUCUUCCCUCACCCCUCCUGGUACUGGGACACCCUGCUGAAGAUCUGCGUCUUCAUCUUCGCCUUCAUCAUGCCCGUCCUCAUCAUCACCGUCUGCUACGGCCUCAUGAUCCUGAGACUCAAGAGCGUUCGCAUGCUGUCAGGCUCCCAGGAAAAGGACAGAAACCUGCGCCGGAUCACCCGCAUGGUUCUGGUUGUCGUCGCCGUCUUCAUCGUCUGCUGGACUCCGAUCCACAUCUUUGUCAUCAUCACAGCUCUGAUCAAUAUCCCCAGCUCCACCCUGCAAACCAUCACCUGGCAUUUCUGCAUCGCUCUGGGCUACACCAACAGCAGUCUGAACCCGGUUCUUUAUGGCUACCUGGAUGAGAACUUCAAGCGUUGUUUCCGUGAGUUCUGCACCCCGAGCCCCUCAGUGUUGGAGAUGCAGAACUCGUCCAGGACCGGAGCCACCAGCCGCAAACUCCCACAGCGCGAACACAUCACUGCAAACACAGGAGAAAGAUCCAAUCAGCAGGUAUGACUAGCCUUGGAGAGGUCGUCGGUGGACUCUCGCUGCUGCGGCGGCGUCGCCAACGACGAUCUCAACUCAGAAGUCACGCAGGUCACCACGGGGCUCUGAGCACACACUCAUACUGCAUGCACACACAGCAAAGCCGGGACACGACUCGACAGCACAGAGCGUUUAAACGGCGUGUCGGAGGUUUGACUGUAGCGCUUCAUCAUGUCGGGCCAUUAACCUGCCAGCUAGUGUAGCUAACUGUGUUAUAUGUGGCAAAGCUUUUACUCCUUAACUGAACAGAUACAGAACUGGGACUGGUUAGAAUGAACAGAAAACCACAGCCUCCCACUGAAGUAGCUGCACUAAAGUGUAAUUAAAAAUGUAAUGUUGUCUUCACUAGUAUUAUUAUUAUUAUUACAAUAUGGAUUGAAUUUGUACAGUAAACACACACAGAUGUAGAUGUAUAAAAGCCAUCCUCACCUCAGCUGUGAUCAUAAAAGAUUUAGCUUUUCAUUUCAUGUUAGCAGGUUAGUGAAGCCUACUUAUGAGGUUCUCAGCAAAAAUACACAGUGAAUAGAUCUGUUGAAUUCCAUAUUGACUUCAUACCAGUAGCAUUACAUAACUGACACCUUUCAUUAUUUCUAGAACUGAUCAGAAUAUGUCACAGACAUAGAAAACAAAUGAACCAUUUCAGCAACUGCAAAAGAGAAAAUGCCAUAUUCAGUUCAACUUUAUUUAUGUCAUCUCACCUUGCUUAGCAUAGCGAGGUACAGAAUUAUGAACAGAAAGCCCAAUAAGCCAAUAUUUGUUGACAGUUUGAUAAUAGCAGGAAGCCAGUGUACGCUGUGAUUAUAUUAUGUCAUUAAGUUAACAGAACAUCAGGUAAGGGCAGGAUUUCAGGAUAUUUUCUUCUCAACAAGGGUAAACAUCGAUUACAUCUUUAACGAAGUCAAACAUUCUAUUAAUGAUGGCUGUUAUCAAAGUCAAACUCAUUGCAGACAUGUAGGUAAACACACAAACACACGAGAGCUGACCUAAUUUGCACAGGUGAGGUACGCAGCGUGAGGACAUCAUUGAUCCAAACCUUCUGCUCUUGCCCUCAGAUAAUGAAACAGAUCGCUUAAUUGUCUCAAAAACUGUUGUGUGAGGACUCUGUUGGAAAUGCAGAUUUUAGGGGAUAAAAGGAUCCAACCCCAUUCUGCUUCUGAGCGUUCAAAGGAUCCGCUACUCUUUCUCUCUAUGAAGACAUCUGUGGGUCUUAUUCAGAGUCAUUUAGAGAUUCAACCAUGCUUCUCAUCCUGAACUCGACAGGGAUCGACCUCACACUUCAUUAACACCUUUUCUCCUCUGACUCAUCUGCUCAGCACCGAUUUGGCUUCGGUCACUUCAGGAAGAUGGACUGCGUUGCUGUACAACCACGCUCUCUCUUCUAAACCCAUCCUUCCCCAUAAAGAUUUUACCAUAAAGUAGACUUAUAGUGGAGCUUUGUCUCUACAAACUGCUGAAUGUAGGGAAACCAUGAGUUUAUCGCCAACCAGCAGAGAAGAUGCAUCAGCGUGUUUGCACAGCGCAGCGUGUGCUAUUGUGGCAUAAAGUGCAAACGUACAGUUGUGCUCGUGUAUGAUUAACCGCAGCUUAACCGCCGUUACACGAGGUUUGGGUUUAAACGGAGACUUUUCUCCUGUGACGGAUUUAACAAGUGAGCCAAGCAGGAUUGUACGUCUCUUGUAGUCUUUGAAUUGCUUGUGCUUACGUGUCGUGCCGUGUCGCUAAACUCGCCAGAUGCCUUUUUAAUUCGCUCUAUUCUGUGUACCAGUAUUUUUUCUAAGGAUCUGUAAAGAUAAAGAAGAUGAUUGUAUUAAUCUCCUGUGUAAAAUACUGUAAUUAUCCUGUUUUUUUAAAUGUGAAAUCAUGAAGCUCGUUGUGCUCCUUAAUGUACAUUUUGUCAUUUUAAAUCUGCCUUGUUCACUGAAGAAGUGUGUAAAAAUCAGAAAACAGUGUGUGUAAAGUGUUAAAUUGUGGAUUUAAAAAUUUGCACUGAAUAUAUAUUUUCAGAAUGUUUUGCUUUAUUUUAUUUUACCAAAAAAAAGAUGCUCCAUGUAUACAAUUGGUUCAUUGUUGAUAUCAUUGCUUUCAGUCUAUUUUAAAAGAAAAUACAGUGCAUAUUGACUUUUUUAGGCUUUCAGAACACAAGGUUUAAUGUAAAAUGCUCACAGUAGAGUUUCCUGUAUGGUGCAUGAGCUGUUCCAUGCUAUACUUCAUGCACGACAUUUUUAUUUUGUGUGGUUUUGUUUCUUUAAUUGUCAAGGAGCCAAAUGUCACCUUCCAUGCUGUGAAAUGUAUUUCAAGCCAAUAAUGAAGAGAAGGAAGAAAAUGUUGCAAACAAUGUUACCUAACAACGGGAAGGUGUUGGUUGUGAGUCUGGCCUCGUUUCCACCCACAGUGCAGAAGAAUAUGGACACUUUAAAGUACCCAGAGCUGUGAGUCUGAAUGUGUUGUUUGUGCAAAUGUGUUAGCCGUGUCAUGGAUCGAUGAGCUUUUUAGAGGCCUCUCUGUACACACCGAGGACUAAAAAUGUUUCAAACAAGGCGUCUACAAAAACCACGCUUUUUAUCCAUUUGCACAGUGUGAUUCUCUGUGCUUUAAAUGACGUGCUUUUACAAAACACAAGAGCAAAAGUAAGACGUAUUUGGUGUUAUGUUUGCUGCUUACAGUGCCUAUAAAAAGUAUGUGCGCCCCGUGGAACUUUCCCCAUUUUAUUGCUUUUAACGUUGAAUUGUGGUCAGUAUAAUUUGUCUUUUUUGACAAUAAUUUAACACACAAAAAAAAUUGUGGUUUUAGCCCACAAAGUUGAAAUUUACUGCUCAAUAUUUUGUCUAAAACAGUGUGAAAUUAAACUAACUAGGGGUUAAUCUGCCACCUUUACCUUUAGUGUAAGUGCAACAAUGGAAAGCUUGGCAGGCAUAGCAACGGUAACCAAGGGGGCGGAGCUUAGCAGAGGAUUGAAAAUAUUUGACAUGACAUCUGCAAUCAUGUUUUGCAACUGAGGCCAUGGCACAGGUGAGAUUACUUUAAUGCCAUUCAAUGCUCUUUUCUAUUAUCUGCUUAUAUGACUCGGUUAUGACUCACUCUGCCAUUUAUUCUAGUCUUGAAAUACGCCUUCUUGUCAUUUAAUGUAUAAGCAACAAUUUCUGGUCACGACUCUGUGACGCCGUACAUAGAAGAAUACAGUUAAUCAGUGCAUUGCCUAUGGAAUAAAAUGUAAUUCUGAAUCUCACUGAAUGCCUUCUUUCUCGUAUCUGAAUAAAGUGUCAUCAGCA